AAUCUUUAUUCGAAAAGCUAGCAACCUAUCUGGCUAAAGUGCAAAAAGCUGAUUUUGCUGUCACUAUCGCUGAGCCUCAUGAGAUCUUUCAUAAGCUUUUAGAAACAGUAACAGAAGCCUCUUAUGACGAAGACCAAAAUGUAUUUACAAAUUUUUUGAAAGCACAAUUAGCAAAAGCUAGAAUAAAAAAUCCUAUAGCAGUAGCACUAGCUUUCCAAAGUCUGCAUGAAAAAAUAAUAAGUUCUAAAGUCAAACUCAGAUAUUUAAAAAGAAAUUUUGCCAAAAGGAAUUUGCUCACAGAAAAAAAUAAUAAUGCUCUUACUUCUGAUGUAGAGCAAGCCAGAGCUGAGGAUCUGUUGCCUAAUAAGAUUAUUAAUAAAGAGAAAGGUGAGGCAACAAAUAAGGAGGGUGAGAAAGCUAUUGGGAAGGAUGUAAUCAAUAGUGAGGAGGAUGAGGCAGCAGAAGUGAAGGGUGAGACAGCAGAAGUAGAGGAUGAGUUCGAUAAAGAGGAGAGUGUGAUUGAAAGUAAGAAGGGUGAGACUACAGAUAAAGAUGAUGAAAAAGAAAGCGAAGCUGAAAAUGUGUGGAAUGAUAGCAAGAAUGAAUA